GUGGAACCAGGCGUCGUCAUCAAAGAUCCUCGACAAUUGCGGCCACUUGGAUGGAUCGUCCUUGCAGCUUUUCAGCACGACGGACUGGACGAUGGCAGCCAAACGGGCGUCGACAGAUUGCUCGAUCCCGGAUCCAUUGAGUAUGAUGUCCUCGUCGCUCACGAGCGGGACCGGCUCGGCAGGAAUGUCCUCGGAACGCAGUCGCUCCUGUAUCCAUUCCCGGAUCCAUUGAGCACGUUCCCGCUGUGAUUGCUGCUGAUUGUCCGUCUGCACCUCCGACACAGCCACGUCCAGGACGCGCAAUGCAUCGGCAUCGGUCAUCCACCCGAAGUCCUCGUUGGCGGCCAAG